AUGCGUGAGAAAGAACGUGCAGCCCUCCCGGAGAAAAUUAGCUGGACGAAACGAUGGAUGAAGCGAAGAUUAAACAAACAGUUGGCUCAUACGGCGGAGAAACGUUCAAGACGUGCUAAGAAGACUGCUGGUCUCCACACUGGUGCAGGACAUUCAAGAAUAAGCAGGUGCAGCAGUGCUGAAGGCCUUAAUGAAUGCUCUGCCGGUGGUGAGAACGUGAUCAAUUUUGUUGGCAAGCAGUACUAUUUGUAUUUGGCAGCAAUGGCCGGGGGAAAAGUAACUGAGGUCAUAUUGUGGUCCAAUGGAGAUAUCACUCGCCAGUAUGACAUGCCUAAAGAUUCUUCCAGUCUAUCCAUGUAUGGUAAUAAUAGAUACCUCAGCGCCCACGGAAAUUCAUUUAAUGGGUCGGUUGAGGACUUUCACGAUGAAACGGGUGUUGUCACUGUGGACUUCAUUUUAAAAAAGAGAAGAAAGUUGAAAUACCUUCUCGAAACUGAAAUUUUAGAACACAUCGAUGACUGGUGGCAUUUCGUGUAUUUACUUGCCGCGUCCGCUGGGUGUGAAGAUAUCGUUUCUUUGCUGAUCGAAAGAGGCGUUUUUGUGGAUUUUUUGGGCGUGAAAGGUCGCUCGGCUCUUCACUUUGCUGCGUCAGCUGGCCACUACAAAAUAGUGAAGUUGCUUCUGGAAAACAGUUCUAGCCCCUACAUCUUGGACGCAGAUGGAAAAACACCUCUUUGUUUGGCGAGUGAGAACGGUCAUCAACGUGUGAUACGAUUAUUGGCAAAAACAUACGAUGUCAUUCCUGAGAUGGAGAUAUUGAAUGAAAGUUCUGACCCAGAUCUGUUUAAAAAGAUGUGCAACAUGGUGGAGAAAACUAUUCGAAUGCAAGCAAGAAGAGAAUUUUGGGCGCAAAAGCGCACUAAAGAACUAGCAUCGCAUCCCGAUGAAGUAACAUGGAGGGAACGAGAGCAGAAACUAAAGUCUAGUAGAGAAAGGGCCUGGAAGAGAAGACCGAGGAAACAGAGAACCAAGUCGGUUUGCGCAGUUGGAUUUAACCUCGAGAACAUUACAAGCGAUGUUUAUGAGUAUGUGGCUGAAUGUAGAAGUGACUGUGUUAAAGGAUGCGAGAAAUUCGAUUCCAAUGCAACUCAAUCAAUAACUGGUUGCCAAAUUACCGAAGAAUUAUUAAGUCAUUUAAUUUUUCUCUCUAGGGGGGGUGAAUCGUGCCUUCAUGUGGCGUCAAAGCUAGGAUUUGCCGAAGUGUUACCAGGAUUAGUUCGUGAAGAAUGUGAUGUCAACUGCUGUGAUUGGAAUGGAGAAACCGCUUUACGUAAAGCUGUGUGGAACGGUCACGAUCAGUGUGUGAAAACUCUACUGCAAUUCGGCGCUUCUGUUGAAACACUUAAUCCAAAAUUUGAUCCUCCGACUCUUCAUUUGGCUGUGAUCAACAGCCAUACGAAGUGCAUCGAACAUAUUUUGGAACGCGGAGCUGAUGUGAAUUUUUGUGACAAGAAUGGCCAGACUGCAUUACAUGCAAGCUCAAAGUAUGGUGAUAGAAAAUGUGCUACGAUCCUUCUUAAACAUGGGGCCGAUACGUCGUGUCUUGAUAAACGUGGAAAUACUGCUUUACAUCUCGCUGCGAAGCAUGGAAAUGAAGAGUCUAUCCUUGCACUUGUUGAUGGAGGGGCCGAGGUCGAUUCACUCGACAAUAAUGGACAAACACCAUUACACCUCGCUGCAUUUUGGGGUCAUGUUGCCUGCAUGUCUCUCCUUUUAGAUCGCGGAGCAAAACUAAGAAGUGAAGACGAGUGUGGUAAUAGUGCUUUGCACUUUGCAGCCCGAAAUAACCAAGACGAAGCUCUAUUUGCUCUCGUUCACAGAGGAGCCGAUGUUAACUCUCAGAAUAACGAACAGCAAACACCACUGCAUAUAAGUGCAUUGGAAGGACAUGUGCCUUGCUGCACCGUGCUUAUAGAAGCUGGGGCGAAACUCGAAAUUCGUAAUGGAGAUGGCUUGAAUGCACUUCACAUUACCGCCUCCCGGGGCCAUCUAGUAUGCAUUCUGUUGCUACUGGAAGGAGGUGCUAAUGUGAAUUCCUGCGACAUGCAGGGAUUAACUGCACUGCACCAUACCUGUGAAAGAGGAUUUGAAGAAUGUGUGACUAUCCUUCUCGAUAACGGGGCAGAUAUAGACCGCGAAGGCAAGUUUGGGAUCACCGCUCUGAAUAUAGCUGACUCCCGUGGCCACAUGGGUUGCAUCUCUAUUUGUUGGCGACGAAGAACGUCUGGUAUGCAUCAGAAGAAUUGGAACGGCAUCAGUAGGUCUACUCUGCAAUGAUAGGAUAGAGAAUUUAUCUCCGUGACGCAGUGCAACGCAGUAUCGCAUUAAUAACGGAAUUAUGCACGGAAUAAACCAGGCAGUAGGUUCCAAAACGAGGAUUCAUCAUUAAAAAGAAAGAACGGAUGAAAGUUAAUCUGUUAUCUGAAUAAGUUUUCACGAUUCUGAAUUAGAUUUUAGGUUAAAAAGUAAUGAAAGUAUUUUGCAUGAAUUUUAAAAUCUUUCUUAACAUUUCUUGAAAUACUUCACGUGAACACGAAAACAUGCCACGUAAAAAUGUCACGAGAAGUGGACCGGAAAAAACACACCAUGGAGGAAAUACAGAUUUAUGUGUUGCAGCUAGUAUUGGUUUUCAUGAAAAAGUUUCCACUUUGCUGUGCAAAGGAGCACCUCCCAAUGCAAAAAACUCAACCGGUAAAACAGCUCUUCAUUUGGCGGCUAUGCAUGGGUUUACGAGUAUUGUACAUACGCUUCUGGAUUAUGAUGCUUCACCUUUCAUUUGUGACGAUUCGGGGCACACUCCGCUAGAUCUUGCUCUGGAGGGAAAUCAACAAGAAGUCGUGGAUCUUUUAUGUUACACAAUGAACAGUUCCCGAAUUCGCGAUACCUACUCCUGGUCGGGUGAACAAAAUAGAUAUCCAAAAGUUCAAUAUUGUAAUAAUUCUUCUCUAAUCAGCGCAGUACGAAAACGCAAAGCAAAAUUUGUGAGAGAAGCUGUCGAUGCGGGGAGUUUUUUGGAAGAGAAAGACUCGGAAGGAAAUACUGCUGUUUGUGUGGCAGCUAAAAUGGGGUUAGAGCAUAUAGUUCCUCUUGUGUUGGAUCACGGAGCAUGUGUGAAUGUAAAAAAUAACUUCGGCAGAACCCACAUGGCUGUAAUGGGAGGAAGUAAAAUCAUUGUAGAGAUUUUGUUAAAGAGCAAUGCUUCUCCGUAUGUACGAGAUAGAAAUGGGUCAACUCCUUUAGAUCUAGCUCGCGUUAAUAAUUGUAAAAAAAUCGAAGAGGUUCUUCAAAAUAAGUUACAUACUUAUAUGAAUGCAGUUAACAAGUAUGAGUGUGCUGGAUUUGAAAAAACCUGUCUGCAUCUUACAGUGCACGAACAAUGCUUGGACACUCUAGGACAGGCCGUGAGAAGUAAUGGUUGUUCGCUGAAGAAAAUAAACCUUGCUCCGCGGAGAAAAGCGGCAGAGAUGAUUCUGCAUCCUACAGAAGCUCUCCAAUCGCAGUAUUCUGAAGAACCCGUCAAUAGCGAAGAAGAUUUCAAUAGAUUUCGUAAGAUCGCAGACAUGAUGAAACAGGCAAGAGUGAUUUUUGUUGCCCAACAUCGCGCAAAGAAGAGACGCUUUUGCCAACUUCAAGAACGCAGUAAUUAUCAUGUUGUAAAUAAUGACGGGGUCCUUUUGAAGAAAUGCCUGGAAAGAAAGCAAUCACAUCGCGACAGAAUGAGGCGAAGGGCAGGCAUGAUGAAACACAUGAGUGCCGAUCAACAAAAGCUUCAAAACACCACUCGGCGUAAGCCUGAGAAUGCUUGGAAACGAUUAAAUAAAAUUGAACGAAGACGCUUUGUCAAUAACACUGAAAAGCGCUUCCCACAGUUCGAGUCGGUUCUUCGAGUUCGAGAAAAUGCUAAAUAUACCUCUCUGUUUCCUACGUCACAUGUCGAGGAAUUCCCAACACUUGUACACGUGAAAUCUGGAAAGAAGAAACAAGAGAACUCUAAAGAAAGGGAGGUUCGUGUAAUGCCAACGUCGGCAGAUGAUAAAUAUGAAGACCGAGUUAUUAUGAAGGUUCUUAUUGAAGAUUUAUUAAAAGCUGCUAGAGAAAGAAAUAACAGAAAAAAUUACAGGAAGUCUCUGAAAAAAUACAAGAAAUUACGAAAACAUACCGAUAACCCAGUAGAUGCGAAUUUUUUAUUUCCAAAUGUGCAGACGAUUCGUGAUAAAAACUUGACUGAUUUCGAUUUCUGUGCCUCGUGUGGUGGUAAAAAUGUCCCAAAACAAGAUCCUGGCGUGGGUAUUGACCAAAAGCUAUCCAAAAGAAAAAGUAUCAAGAAUGCUACGAAGGGGAAAAAAAGGAACGAGAAUCAACCGACAAGCAAGCAGAGAUAUCUUUGACUGACGGAAACAAGUUCUUCGCAGCCAGACAUUGUAUUGGAGCAACCGAAAACAAAUCGUCUUUUGACUGCUUCGUGAACGCUGAAAUGGUUACUAUAUUCAACGCGGUUCUCACCGGGAGAAAACACCUUGUAAACAAAGUAAUUGCUGCAAAAGUGUAUCUCGAUGCACAGGAUCCGGAUGGAAAUACUGCUCUUUGUUUAGCAGCUGAGAAGGGUUUAACCACGAUUGUUUCACUUUUACUUGAGAAUGGGGCGUGUCCUUCAACUGUAAAUAACAUUGGCCGGACUGCUCUUCAUUUAGCUGCCCUAGGAGGCCACACGAACGUAGUCGAGAAAUUGUUAAGUCAAGGAGAAUCUCCCCUUGUACGCGACGCUUUUGGGGCAUCUUCCCUGGAUCUAGCUGAGCAAGGACGUCAUAAGAAAGUCAUCGCUAUUUUGAAAAAAUACUUGGUAAACGAGACGGAACGUACUUCAGGAAAAGAAAAUGGUACCGAAAUUUUGGAAAACAGUGUGGAAACGGAAGCCAGCAAUGUUAAUUCUAAAGCGUCCCAAAGUUUGAAGAGUAAGAAUUCAAGCAUGCUUCUUCAGGCAGCUGGUCAGGGCAAUUUAAAACGAAUGCAGUUUCUCAUAGAUGAUGGUGUGCUUCCUAGUUUACGCAACAGUAAAGGUUUGACAGCAUUACACGUAGCGUGUAUCAACGGGCAUAUCGAGUGUUGCAAGCUACUUCUCAAUCGGGGAGCAAACGUUGCAUCUGAAGACGUGUAUGGUAGAUCGUCUCUUCACUUGGCAUCCUCCAGAGGACAAAUACAGUGCAUAAAUAUUCUUUUAAAACAUGGAGCAAAAAUUGAAAAAGGGGACAAAAAUGGAAUGAACGCACUUCACACCGCUGCUAUUAACGGCCACGCCGACUGUAUCACGUAUCUGGUUGAGAAUGGAGCAGACGUUUCAAGUCGCGAUGGAAGAAAUCGAACUGCCCUCCAUAUAGCUGCAAAGAGCGGACAGGCUACGUGUGUGAGUGUACUACUGAAACACAAGUCGCUUGUUUCCUGGAAGGACCGUUUGUACCGUACGCCGCUGCAUCGGGCUUCAUAUCAUGGGCAUUUAGAUUGCGUGUUGAUUUUACUAAAGCACGGUUCCGACUUCAGACGCAAAGAUGGCUUUGGUGAAACGGACGUUCUGAAAACAGCAAUAGGUGGACACACCGACUGUAUGCGGGCUCUUUUGGAUGCAGGCGCGGACAUAGCCGCCAGAGAUAAAUCUUACAACACUGCUCUUCAUUUGGCGGCCAUCCACUGCCACGAAGAAACUGUGAAGUUUCUUCUACAGGCUGGCGCAAACCGUGCAGCAAAGAAUAAGGAGAAACUUACUCCUUUGAAAGUGGCUGGCAAUGACACGGUCCGCUCCUUACUUUCAUAAUCUAUUGUCUUUGGGGAAAUACAUAAUAUUUGCGCCGUAAAAAUACAAAAUAAGACCGUAAAAAACACUUUCUAGAGUUUUACAUUUCUUGAAGAUCAAUUUUUGUCAGGGUAUUCAAUUAUUAGUAAACAAUGUUCAGCAAGACACGCUAAGGUAGUGAAAUGUAACAUUGCAAAUGAUUGCCAAAAUUGUGGAGGCCGUAACAUCACUGCAUCAAAUGUCUCAUUUACGAGUAACGCACACUUCGUACAUAUGUUUACUCCAAUAAUACACUUUUUGUGACACGUCAAAAGAACAUGUUUAUAAAAAUAGAUUUCCUGUUUUCUCUGUUACCAGCUUUCAGCGUGUACGUUUUAAAGAUGUCAUUUACAAAAGCCCCGUGGGUUUGUAAUGUCCGGCAUUCCGGGACGAGUCGCGUCACUGUCGCGGUGGCUGACGUUCCGGCCAACAUAUUGUGGUCUUCCUCAGUGCGUACCGCUUCCAAAUGGCUAACAUUGCCGCCUAACAUUCCCUGUGGACCCGUCGGCUAUCCAGCUGGCCGGAGCACCAUUCUAUCCUUUCCCCCUCCCAAACAGGCUUUCGCCCUCACGACGGUGUGUUUGAACACAAUUACCUCGUUGAGACGCUUAUUAACAACGCUAAUCAACAAAAGGGCAACCUAUCUUCCUUGACUUUUCCAACGCCCAAUCCCACACUCUGGUAUCCUUACGACCCUUCAGGCCUCGGGCGCCGACGCCAUUGUUUCCGACCUUUACUCUGAUUGCUCCACCUCCUCGGCGGCGAUGGUGUAACGGUUAGCGUACUGGACUGUUGUACCCAAGUUGGCG